AUGUCAGAAAGGGAUUCUAGAAAGACUGAAGGUGAGUCACUAGGUUUUGCAUUGGGACAGACAAACCGAGAAAAUAAUGCAGUAAUGUGUACUCCUACUCCUAUGAUAAAUCUGACGUUACCAACUCCAGAUACCUUCUCUUUUACUCCGAAUGAGUGGCAUUCCUGGAGGAAUCGCUUUCAAAGGUACAGACGGGGGUGCGGUCUAGAUAGCACUUCCGACGCUCGGCAAAUCGAUGUACUUUUGUUUACAAUGGGUAGUAGGAGUGAAGAUAUUUUCGAUUCGUUUUCACCAAAACCGAAUACUUAUGACGAGGCUCUUCGGGCCUUUGAUGCAUACUUUGUGCCAAGACGAAAUAUCAUUUAUGAGAGAACAAAAUUUCUGAGACACAAGCAAGGGAGUGAUCCAUCUGAAAAAUUCAUAACAGAUUUGCAUGGUCUUGCAAAAACGUGUGCAUGGGGUGAACUGAACGAUGAGAUGGUGCUUCUGGUCCUCAUUAUUGGUAUGAAAGAUGAGGCUCUAAGUGAUAGACUCCAGCUGGACUCUCAAUUGACUCUGGAGAAGGCGAUUAAUACCUUGCGCCAACACGAGGAGCUAGAACGCCAAAAACGUGAGCUCGCCAAUACUAAUGUUUUUAUGGUGAAUCAAACGUCAAUACAAGUCGGUAAAACAAAUCUGUCUGAAAGAGCUGGUGAACAGAAAUUCACCGAGGAUGCUAUGAGAAAAAAGUGCAGGAAAUGUGGUUAUAACUGGCACGGAUCACUGGCCGAAUGCCCUGCUAGGAAAGCCAAAUGUGACAAAUGUUCCGAGAUUGGACAUUUUUUUCGAUGUUGUCCCUCCUGCGAAAAGUGGAUGAGAAAAAACAAAAACGUUGUUAAGGAAAUCGAACAGCAAGAUUCAGACAGUGGUUAUCAACAGGUUCCUGAGAUUUUCAUAGGGAAUAUAGACAGCAGUGACAAAGCCUGGGUCCAGGAGGUAAAAGCAAGCUGUGGAAACCAAGAUUUAGGUCUUAUAAAAUUUAAACUUGACACAGCAGCUGAUGUAACCAUGAUUCCAGUAGGAGUUCUUGGUGAUUUUAUUAAGACUCUGCCUCUAGGAAAGUGCAAAUCCCCUGUGUUUAGCGCAAAGAAGAAAGAACGAAUCAAUAUUUUGGGAACUUUAAGGCUAAAGCUUGAACAUAAGGGUGUAUCAGUUUAUGAUCUUGCGUAUAUUUCUGAGGAGAUCACUGUUCCACUUCUUAGCAGACGUUCCUGUGAAGAGCUGAACCUGGUGAGGAGAAUUUUUUCUGUAGAUUCACAUGAUAUUGACUGGGCUACUAAGUAUCCUAAUUUAUUUCAAGGGCUGGGAAAUAUGAAGGGAGAGUACAAGAUUGAAAUGAAGGAGAAUGCAGUUCCUUACGCUAUAUCCACCCCCAGGGUUGUACCAAUACCUUUAAAAACCAAGGUGAAAGAGCAGUUAGACGAUAUGCUUGAGAAAGGAGUGAUUGUUCCAGUUGAACGUUAUCAAUGUGUCAAUGUGACUGAUUGGUGCGCACCAAUGGUAGUUUGCGCAAAAAAGGGAGGUGGGGUUAGGAUCUGCGUAGACCUAUCCAAACUCAACAACAGUGUGAAACGUCGGUUUUAUCCUAUCCCAAAGAUCGAACUUUCAUUGGCCGAGAUCGCGGGAGCCAAGUACUUCAGCAAGAUCGAUGCGAAUUCCGGGUUCUGGCAACUGAACCUUGCAGAGGAGUCACAAGAUUACACAACAUUUAUCACCCCUUUUGGGAGGUAUAAAUUCCGUAAGUUACCUUUUGGAAUUACGUCCGCUCCUGAAGAGUUUCAGCGCCGCAUGUCAAAAGCUUUAGAAGGGGCAAAGAACUGUUUAGUGCACAUUGACGACUGUCUGAUAUGGGGAAGAACGAAAGAAGAACACGACGAGUGUCUUAGGGCCGUUCUAGAGAGAGUGCAAGCUAAUGGAAUCACCUUGAAUAAGCAGAAGUCGGAGUUCUGCAAGAAGACUGUGACAUUUCUGGGGUUUGUGCUGUCUAAGGACGGAAUCAAGCCUGAUCCAAGCAAGCUCUCACCGAGGCUACAGCGGUUCCGAAUGCGUAUGAUGAGAUACGAUUAUCGCAUGACCUGGACCCCAGGAAAAGACCUUGCCAUAGCAGAUCUACUAUCAAGAAGUCCUAUUCCGGCUGACGAAGAUGGCGAAUUGACCGAAGAAGUGGAAGCCUUCGUCCACGAAAUCAGUCUGAUUAGUAUAAACACUACAGAUGAAAAUGUGACAAAGGUACUUCACUCACAAAUGAGAGAUCCAAUCUGUGCACAACUUAAGUUACAAAUUUUAGACGAAUGGCCUGUAAAAUCAAGUUUACGUAAUGAGAUUCAAGAGUACUUUAAUGUGAAAGACGAGUUAAGUUGUAUUGAUGGGCUAUUGCUUCGAGGAACUCGGAUGAUAAUACCUCAAGAACUACGAGCGGAAAUGCUCGAGAGGCUUCACAGUGGACACUUGGGAAUCACAAAAACGAGGAAACGUGCUUUGGGAACCAUGUGGUGGCCUGGAAUUUCUCAAGAAAUAGAAAGGAAAAUCAAAUCGUGUCCAGUGUGUAUUCAGAACUCAACUAAUCACAGUGAACCAUUGAUUCCGAGAACUGUCCCGGAUUACCCGUGGCAAAAUGUGUCUGUUGACUUGUUCAAACACGAAGACAAGUGGUAUAUGGUUAUCGUGGAUCACUACUCAAGAUACUUUGAAGUCGAGGAAAUGCAUCGAAUGAGGGCUUCAGAUGUGAUUCGGGUUUGCAAAACCACAUUUUCACGUUUUGGAAUUCCUCAACGUGUUUAUUCAGAUAGUGGGACACAAUUUCACCAUAUUGACUCAAGUGAAUAUAAAUUGUUUGCAAAGGAGUGGGGGUUCUCCACAUUCAGAAGUAGUCCCCACCACCAUCAGGGAAAUGGGGCAGCUGAAGCAGCUGUGAAAGUAGCAAAAGGGCUAAUGAAGAAAAACAAGGAUAAAUUUGAACUUGCCCUACUUUCUUACCGGACCUCACCUCUUGAAACCGGCUUUUCCCCAUCUGAACUUAUGUUUGGAAGGAAAUUAAGAGACAAUCUUCCAUCUACUUUGGUUGGAAAUCCUGUGGAAAAUAAGAAUUUUCUUGAGAGGGAGAAUACGUACCAGAAUAAGUACAAGAUACAAUUUGAUAAACGACAUGGAGCGAGUGGUUUAAGUGAAUUAGAAGUUGGAAGCAUGGUAUGGAUCACAGAUCUACGUCGACACGGUAAGGUAGUCAGGAAAUUGAACGAACCACGUUCCUACCUUGUGGAAACUGACAAGAGAACUAUUCGCCGAAACAGGAAGUUCUUAGUUCCUGUACCGUACUACGGAGGAGAUGGAAUUCUUUCAAACGUUCAUCCAUGGUCCUUAAUCGUCCAUGCAACUCACGUGAUCGUCCAGGAGCUGGCACAGUAA